AUGCCAGAAAGUGUGCGUACUAAUCCUAGUCGUGUUUAUAUCAAGAAUCUCCAUUACCUUACCAGUGAAGAGGAUUUACGUGCCUUGUUUGAAAAAUAUGAACCUUAUACAGUUAAGUUUAGUAAAAGUGGGAAACGAAAACCAUUAGGUUUUGCCUACGUUGAAUUACCGACUCCUGAGAAGGUUGAAGCUGCUGUAAAAGAUCUCGAUGGGACUGUCUUCAAUGGGAAAAAACUUAUUGUUAAGGCUUACACUUCUUACAGACCUUACCAAAGGUUGUGGUGGAAGAGGAAGACUCCCCAAAUUGAGAAUCAAACAGAGGUCUCCCAAAGCCUUGAGCCCCCUGUAGAAUUGAUAGCAAAAGACCGCAUUUUGAUUUCAAAAGCAAGAGGUAACAUAACAGAGCUGAUAAUCCAACAAUUCUUAAAAGAGUACAACCCCAGCAACAUCAUCAUUUGCAAAAAUAAAAAGUCCAUCAUAAACCCCAUGAACCUUACAGGCUCUUACUUUAGUGUGUUGGCCACCGUUGAUUCAUCAACAAAAAAGUUGGAUGAGAUCAUUGAGUCUUUAAAGUCGCAGAAACUAAAUGGGAAACGAGUUGAGUUGAAGCCGGCAAAGGUCGACAAGGUUGAAGAGAUCGAAAGAGAGGUCUCUGUGCAAAGUACGAGUACCCAAGAUGUAGUAAAUGACGAGCAGCUGGUCAGGUUAGACUCAAUAUCUGAAGUUUCACCAAACGAUAUCCCAUUGGAAUCCCCUGAUCCAACUUCAAUGAUUGUCAGUCCUGGGCUGACCCUCAGUUCCAACUUCAAUGCUCAAAUCCAUUCUCCUUAA